CAGCAGCAUGAUGACCAAAGCAGGAGGAGAGCACUGACAGAGGGAUACUGUCCCCCUGUGCCGACACUUCAUCCAUUUAGGCGUGAUUUAACAGCGGACUGUCUCAGAUAUUUAGUUUUUUAGCUCUUACUGUAUCCCUCACUGCCGGGUUGUGAAGAAGACCUGCCCGGGUUAGCCUGUUAGCUACUUACUCCGGCUACAUGGCCAGCUAGCACAAUAAAGCUAACCGUCGGACCCGGCGAAGUGGAGAGCUGAGGAAGGGGAUGGCAAAGAGUUCACUCGGAUAGCCCUUUCAGAAGAAACAACGAUUAAUCAGACUUAACCAGUCCCAAUUUCUGUAACGUUUUCAAUCACCGGUUGUUGGUGUUACUGUAAUCCCCAACAUGGUGCAGAAGUACCAGUCACCUGUGCGGGUGUACAAGCAUCCCUUUGAGUUGGUGAUGGCGGCCUAUGAGCGCCGGUUCCCCACCUGUCACCUUAUCCCCAUGUUUGUGGCGAGUGACGUGGUGGAUGAGGAGAUUAGCGAGGACGGAUCCACCCACAGGAUCGAGCGCCGCUGUGCCCUGGAUGUGGAUGCCCCACGCCUUCUCAAGAGGAUUGCGGGUGUGGACUAUGUCUACUUCAUCCAGAAGAACACACUUAACCGAAAGGAGAGGACGCUUCACAUUGAGUCCCAUAAUGAGACCUUCUCCAACAGGGUCAUCAUCCAUGAGAUCUGCUGCUAUUCGGUCCACCCGGAGAAUGAGGACUGGACGUGUUUUGAGCAGACCGCCAGCCUUGACAUCAAGUCUUUCUUUGGCUUUGAGAGCACAGUGGAAAAAAUUGCUAUGAAACAGUAUGCCAGCAGUAUAAAAAAGGGAAAAGAAAUCAUAGAGUACUACCUUAAGGAACUUGAAGAUGAGGGGAUCACCCAUGUGCCCCGCUGGACUCCCUCCUCCCUUUCCCUGCCUCCCCCGAGGCCGACCAGCCUCUCUACCAGCCCACCUGUCCUCCCAAAACUCCCGGUCACGCCCGCCGUUUCUAUCCCGCUGCCCGCUGACGCCAAGGACAGCGCCUCUCAGGAUGCCAAGCAGGACAGCAGUGCACUUCAGGGAGACAGCCUAACUGAUAUCCUGGCUGGUACACCUGAAGAUAAACUGGAUGCAGACUAUAUCAAACGUUACCUUGGCGACCUCACCCCCCUGCAGGAGAGCUGUCUCAUCAGACUUCGCAAAUGGCUGCAGGAGACGCACAAGGGAAAGAUCCCCAAGGAUGAGCACAUCCUGCGCUUCUUGCGAGCCAGGGACUUUAACAUGGACAAGGCCCGGGAGAUCCUGUGCCAGUCACUGACCUGGAGGAAGCAGCACCAGGUGGACUACCUGCUGGAGACCUGGAGCUCACCACAGGUCCUCCAGGAUUACUACACCGGGGGCUGGCACCACCAUGACAGAGAUGGUCGUCCUUUGUACAUCCUGAGGCUGGGCCAGAUGGACACCAAAGGACUGGUCCGCGCCCUUGGAGAGGAGUCUCUGCUCAGACAUGUGCUGUCUAUCAACGAGGAGGGUCUGAGACGCUGCGAAGAGAACACCAAGGUGUUCGGUCGACCCAUCAGCUGUUGGACAUGUCUGGUAGAUCUGGAGGGUCUGAAUAUGCGUCACCUGUGGCGACCAGGAGUCAAGGCACUGCUGAGGAUCAUUGAAGUUGUGGAGGCCAACUAUCCAGAGACUCUGGGACGCCUGCUUAUCUUGAGAGCUCCCAGAGUUUUCCCAGUCCUCUGGACACUGGUGAGUCCAUUCAUUGAUGAAAACACCCGCAAGAAGUUCCUAAUCUAUGCAGGCAAUGACUACCAGGGUCCUGGAGGGCUGGUGGAUUACAUAGACAAGGAGAUCAUCCCUGACUUCCUGGGAGGAGAGUGUAUGUGUGAGGUACCAGAGGGUGGCCUGGUUCCCAAGUCUAUGUACCGCACAGCGGAGGAGCUUGAGAACGAGGAUGUCCGCCUGUGGACCGAGACAAUCUACCAAAGCGCCAGCAUCUUCAAGGGAGCUCCACACGAGCUUCUGAUUGAGAUCAUUGACGCCUCUUCAGUCAUCACCUGGGACUUUGAUGUCUGCAAAGGCGACGUGGUUUUCAACAUCUACCACUCUAAGCGGGCUCCUCAGCCACCACGCAAGGACCCCCUGGGAGCCCAUGGCAUCACCUCCCCAGGAGGCAACAACGUCCAGCUUAUCGAUAAGUCUUGGACACUGGGUCAAGAUUACAGCAUGGUGGAGUCCCCGCUCACCUGCAAGGAGGGAGAGAGUGUGCAGGGCUCUCAUAUUACACGGUGGCCAGGUUUCUACAUCCUCCAGUGGAAGUUCCACAACAUGCCAGCCUGCUCGGCCACCAACUUACCCCGAGUGGACGACGUGCUGGCCACCCUGCAGGUGUCCUCGCACAAAUGUAAAGUCAUGUACUACACCGAGGUGUUGGGCUCUGAGGACUUCAGAACGGCUUGCUGUGAUGUGCAGAGUUUGGGAUCGAUGACCAGCUUGGAGUCGAGCCACAGCGGCUUCUCUCAGCUCAGCGCCGCCACCACCUCAUCACAGUCCAGCUCGAUGAUCUCGAGGUAGAAACUGGAAGCGGAGGACUUCAAUGUCCACAAUCCCCCCCCAUCCCCUACUGUCCCAACCAUCAACACCGAAGCCAACUCUCCUCCUACCCCUUUCGUCUUUGGACUCCUAUUGCACAGCCAGUCUCUAUGGAACUGAAGCAUGCUUGCACAAACAGAAGACAAAGAAUUUUAAAAAAUCAGAGGCAAAAAGAAAACAAGAGACUGUGUGUACAAUUUAAAGGGCUGAUUUUUGCACAGAGGUCAUAUAUUUUUCGUGCCUGGCACCUCUGCUGGGCAGCAGUUUGAAUCAGAACAUUUUCAGAAUGUUUGUUUGCGUCGUGUCUCAAGCAGGGUGGAAAGUUUAAAGGUCGGGAAAUGAAUUGGAAGCUCGAAAGAAGCAAUAUUCUCAUCCUGGAAACCGUGGGACCGGAUGAAGACACUGGAGGCGCUGUUACAUAUAUGCAUUUACAUGUUCACUCAUAUACACACAGUACUCAGACGACGCAUAACUCAUCAUGUGCGUUGGCUGACAAGACUGGAUGUGCUGUUACAUACCAACACCACCACACACACACACACUCACACUCACACUCACACACACAAUGAGACAUGCACAGACGUUUGAUGACAUGCAAAAAUCUACAGUGUUUGCCAUAUUACCAGAGGGAUUUGUUCAAUCUGGUGAACUGUUUAUAGGUCAAGUGUGGGCGGGCGGGGUGAACUCUUAACUAGACCUGGGUCGAAUAUCACUCACAAAUAUGUUUUUCAAACAGUAUGGAUUUCUGGAGCGGGUGGAGGUUACUGAAUCACGGCAAUACAGAUGCUGUCAGCACAGUUUCCAGUUGAUGGGAAAAUAUACUACACUGAUGUUCAGACACUUUUCCCGCAGCUGUCGGAGCUUUCUGGCAUUCAUUUUAUUGUCUUAUGUGGCAAACCCCACCCGUCUGUCUCACGAGGGCUUUAUCACAGCUUGAAAAGCAUUUGAAUAUUUGACCUGGGUCUGACUCUUAGCGAAGUAAUCCGCUAGAAGCAAUAACAUGAGUUUGACUUUCUACUGUGUGAAAUAUUUCUAUUUAUCAUUAAGAUGUAUGUGGAGGAUCAUGGGUGCUGCUGACUGCAGAUGACCUUUUUGUCAUAAGGCAGACAGACAGGCAAGCAGAGCCAGUAAACAUCAACAUUAUCACUUUGCUUUUGUCUCUGUUACCAUCCAUUCUGGAGAGAAACAAAAAUAACUCACCAGUUUUUUGGGUUUUUUUCUCCUGUGGAAUGACCAGAUUCGGUUUGCUCUGUCCAGCAUCUGCAUGAUUGAGGAACUCGAGUCAGAAUCAAGUUGUCAAGGAGAUGCCUUGUCACUGAUUUGUGAAUGUGCUACUGAUUGGCUAACCAAUGAAAUGCCUGAAUUUUGGAGGGUCGUGAUGUAAGCGGGCAGAACUGCCAUCAUUGGAUAUUUCUUUUUGAGAGUGAUGUAGAUUCAGUGUGCAUUAGGGAUGAAUGUUACUUUGUUGAUGAUGCUUAUCAUUUGACGGUGCGCCAGUAGAAAACAUAUUGAUACUGUACAUGUACUAGUGUUGGUUGGAGUUUGUUACUGUUUUGGAGAUGAGUACUUGAUGGAGUGAAGCAGUGUGGUGUGUUACUGCAUGCUCACGUGACGGUUGGGUUUACUAUUUAAAAAUUAAGAUAUAGCUGUUUUAAGAGCCAUGUGUCAAUAAAUACCAUUUUAGCCUUUUGUAAGCAUCAUUUAGAAACAUACCUGCUCUUUUGAAGGUCACCACUGUAUUAGAUGAGCGGCUGUGAAUUGAAUGACAUGAACAUUUCUAAAUGCAACGCAUCCAUGCAACAGUUUUUUGAUACAGUGUCUGUGGUUAAUAAGCAUUGAUGAUUUCACAUAGAUCUGACUCCCUGCAGAGGGUGUAAAUGAUCACCAUUGCCAAGAGUCAUUGGGUGCUGUUGCCAUGGUUACCGAGUGCAGCUGAGAACAAAAAGAAAAGAAAAAAAAAACAUUGGCAAGAGGCUUUCACUUUACAUGGGAAUCAAAGUCCUGACAAUACUAGCCCUGUCUGUCUUUGUUUUUGAUACAUGAAACAGUUUUUAACUAUAAAUGAAAGGUCAAGGAGUAAUUUGUGGUAUGUAUUAUAUGUCCUUAACUGCAAUAACAUGAAAUGCUUUUCUGAGGAAAAGAACCUCAUCAGAACGAGGGCUAUCAUGUGUGAGUGAUGGUGUAAAAGAAUGAAUGUUAGAAACGGCGAGGAAAAAAAAGGAUAUGCUUGUAAAAUGUGUGUAAACGCUCCCUCUGACCCUCACGGCAGGUUUGUAUCUCUACUCUGCCUCUUCUCACUUCCUCAUCUUCUUCUCUUCUCUGCAGCAUGUCUAGAAACACAGAACUAUCUUUCCUUCACCUGCUAUUUCCAUCAGGAAACUUAAUUUCAGUUUCUUUAAUGGGUCUUCUGAUGAAACAACAAGCAGCAUCAGCAGCAGACCUAACUACUCUAAUUUAUUCUUUUGUCUCUCUUUCUACUUUGUCACUUGAACACUCCAGUUUUGCUGUUUUUGCUUUCCAAACACUUUGAUUGUGUAUAUCUAAAAGCAGAGGGGACCUUAGAUUUGUAAAACUGGCUCACUUUCAAGUAGAGAGUUGAAGCCAUGGACGUAAAGUGUACUGAGAUCAGAUGUUGUUUCAUUUCCAUUUGAAUUCAGUGUUAGAGAUACCAGAGAACUUCUCUGCCUCUCUGACUUCAGCUCUUGCUGUGUGUACACUUUCAUAAAGAUCUCAUUGACAAAUGAGGGCUAUAACCGUUUGUCUGGACUUUUCCACACAUUUGUCUGUCUCUCUGCUUCCUUUUCUGACGUCGUUGCAUAUCUUCUCUUUCCCUUGAUGUGAGAAAUUAUGUAAAAAGUACUUGUUUGGAUUAAUGAGAAUAUGGCGCCUUUACAUUUUUUGAAGACAUUAAACUUGAAUUAUGAGAAAAUAA